AGUGUGGUGUGUAUUCUUCGUCGCUGAGGUCGCAACCCGCCACACUCACUGUGCAUCAAAGGUGGACCACCGCAUUUUCAUCAAUCGAGCUUCUUCGCGGUGCUUGUUUCUGGCGCAGGCCAUAGCCCCGGCCCUCUUCCCCUGUCUCGCGGCAGCCCACCCCCCGCUGCGUCUGUUAAUUGCGCUUGCACGGGGUCGCGUUUCUUGUGUCAAGGAGUUGCGUGGUGGAGUAACUUUGAAAGUUUUUAUUGCAGCACGUCGCGUGCGUUGCUAUUUUCCAUUCCCCCUCCCCCCUGCGACUGGCUGCUGUCGCCCGCUCUGGCUCUUGUGUCGAUCCCGAAUUGUACCGCAAUGACCAUGAUGGUGUUACCCCCGUUUAUCCGAUUAUCGAACCCUAGUUGAUAGUGUUUAUUCUUUUGUUACCCCCCCCCCUCAAGCUUAAUCGGCAUCGCACACCCGUGAACUUAGUCCCAGUGCCCUUUCUCUGCCCUAGCUUGUUGUGCUUCUCAUGCGUGUUGAAGCGGAUGUGAAGCGCAGAGCUCUCAAGCAUACUCCUUUUCUUCGUCAAGAGGCUUAGUGAGACAUGCUGUGUUGGCAAGUGCGUGAGGUCUUCAUGAUUUGAGAUUUGAAAGUGAUCGGAGUCUGAGAUUGACGCGUACAUUUUGGAUGGGAUUCGAGGCUGGUGUUUCCUCCGUCACCCCAGAAUUGAGAAUUGUAGUGUUUGUAUGAAACCGUUCUGGAGAACCGUUGCAGUCGAGGAUUUUGCAGGGCGAGUCUGUGCAUUUGAGAACAGGAGGAGAUAUUCAAAGCGGUUGUAAAGAGAGUUGCCACACCUCUGGCCCGGACGAGAAGCUUUCUAACUGUCCAAGGGAUUGCUGGCCGCCGUCACCACCACUUUCUCUCUCUGUCUGUCUUCCUCUGGGAUCUGGUUUGCGUUGCAUGUUGAGAUCCAUCAGCAUCGGCAGUUCUACGAAACGUAGAGCAUUGUGCAUGUCCAUGCGUUCCACUAUGCCAUACGUUUCCUCAACCGUGCCAUAGAUUUGCGACCAUUCUGAGUGACUCAGAAAAGGAGAUGCUGAGUGUGAACAGCGAAGAACCUGCUUCGUCCUCCUCCAUCCUCCCUUAGUUCCCGAACUCAUCCUACGGCCCACUUACGCAACCCGUCGAAGAACUGAACAGAGUUCAAUACCAGUGCGAUACCCGGCCUAAAAGUUUGGAACAAUCUGGUUAUCAUCACCAGCAGAAGUAGGGGAAGGAUUUUCACUCACACAUUGGUGACAUGAGACCUUGUUCGUCCCGGACAAGUUUUGCUUCCGAAAAGCCAACUCAAUUUCUUUGCGGAAAAACACGAAACUCCCCGAUUCUGCGGCACCUUCAUCUAACCUUUUCACACCGGCUUCGGUUCUCUUGUCUUCCCGAGAACAGUUUGGCUGUCUCGCGGUGAAGGCUCGAUUCUUUAGUGGUGCUCGAACUGCCGAUUUCGGUUGGGGUGGUCAUCGAAUUGAAGCAUAGGGGAACCACUUUCUGCGGAGAUCCGGUUUCGAAAUUUAUGUUAAUUGGUUUUUGGGUGCAGCUCGGACAAGCACGAGAACUGAAGACAAACAUUUCCUCAAUUUCUGCUAUCCAGAGAUACCGCUUUUGGCAACUCUGGCGCCGAGUCGAGCUAUGCGGAUGUGAAGAACCUUUACUUAAGAAAGAUUGGAAUUAGCGAAAGGUACAGUGCCCAAGUGCUGGCUCUCACAAACAUCGAGUCUGGCAAGGAGUGUCCUGCAGCCCUAGGUGCAGCGACGGUGAACGGAAUAUGAUGAUAAUCAAGUCCUUUGGGUUUGUACUAGAAAAGACACACUUGUAAACAGCAUGUUUCCUACACGAUAUUAGUGCCGCAAGUAGAGAACAUGGAGAAGAGGGAGCUUAAUCUAAGGUUCGAGGUGAUGGAGAAUAUGGCAAGGAGGGUCACUAGGUAGUUCAACCUGAUCUCGGCAUUUGUGCAAUAAGAUAAUUUUGUCUUCGAUUGCAAGGACCAGGCAUGUUCCCUGCAGAAAUGGCAUCCGAUCUGUCCUUAAACUAUUCACCGACUCACCCUCCAACAAUGGCGCGCCAUAGCGAUGCGUUUCUUACUAAUUUGCACCUCAAAAAUGAGCGUCUUGGAGAAAUGCUUCUUUCUCCACAAUCUCAUGAUGACUAUUGGUCUCAAGUGUUUGGGGAUCAACUUCGCAUCACCUCCUUCUCUACUUCAAGUGAAAGAUGCAUGCCGCUGCUAGUACUUCACACCAUAUCUCCUGGGGUAGCGUUCAAGCUGGCGCCCUCUUACAGUCAGCAAGCUACAGAUCUAUCUGCGCUCCAAGCCUUGCACCUUUCUUGUCUCCACGAAAACAAGACAGCGAUAGCUUCGCUCAAUGGUGGUUUUCAAUUACACUUGGUGGCCAUGCUUCCAUCACAGAAACAAAUAUUAGAAGGCAGAAAAGACGCCUGCUUCUGGGGAUUUGUUGUUGUUGAAGGAAUGUACGAUUCCUGCCUUGUUAUGCUUAAUCUACGCUGCCUGGCCAUGGUACUCGACCUCGAUGAGACUCUCAUCGUAGCUAAUACCUUGAAGACUUUCGAUGAUAGGAUUGACGCUUUAAAUCGUCGGUUGGUCAAUAGAGAGGAUCCUGUUUUGGCUGCAUCACUCAAACGGUUUCAGGAAGAUAAGGCUGUGUUAGAGCAGUACAUCAAGACAGAUCAAGUGUUCGACAAUGGAAAACUGUACAAAGCCCAGUCAGAGGUGGUUCCACCUGUAGCAGAUGGGGCGAUUCCCCUCAUUCGGCCCAUCGUUCGGCUGCCGGAACGAAAUAUUAUUCUUACACGGAUCAAUCCAGCAGUGAGGGAUACGAGUGUGUUGGUGAGGUUGAGACCAAGUUGGGAGGAGUUGAAGGUCUAUUUGUUGGCAAAAGGUCGCAAGCGAUUUGAAGCUUUUAUUUGUACCAUGUCAGAGAGGGAUUAUGCUUUGGAAAUGUGGCGUUUGUUGGACCCCGAUGCUCGACUCAUAAAUCCGCGAGAGUUGAAUGAGCGGGUCACUUGUGUGAAGUCUGAUGCGAAAAAAGCGCUUAAAGACUGUUUCCCUCGUCACUGCUGUCAUCCGAAGAUGGCAAUGGUGCUUGAUGAUCGGUUGCCUGUUUGGGAAAAAACGGAUCAACCUCGCGUGCAUGAAGUCCAAGCAUUUAUGCCUUACACGGAUCCUAAAGGGGAGAGCAUGAAGGAACUGCCACCUCUGUGCAUCGCAAGGAAUAUAGCCUGUAACGUUCGAGGCUAUUUUUUCAAGGAGUUGGAUGAGACUCUGACGCAGCAGAUGUUGGAAGUAAAGUUCGAUACAGAGGUCCACUCUUUGCCCAAGGCUCCUGACGUGAGCAAUUACAUAGUUCCUGAGGUGAUGCAGGAAGAACUACUGCCAAAUUCUACAGCCAAUGGUGUUCGGGACUUUGGCGAUGGAAUGGCCAAUGCGGAAGUUGGGAUGAACCUGAAAACACCAAGCACUAAUGGGUUAUCCCACACCCAAAGUUACUCCAUGGAUGACGACUUAAGAUUGGCACUCAAGCAACCAAUACAACAACCUUUACAGCAGCAUCAACAGCAGCAGCAGUCUCACCUUUUGGUUUCAGAUUCUACUGGCCGACCUCGUCCUCCGUUCAUAGGGGACCCUUCUCAAGUGGAUUCUUUACUGUAUCUUCCAGCUGACAGUAUUGCAUAUCUAUCAAGUGCCGAUAACGGUCUCUAUCCUACAGGUGUUCCUAGAAGACACGUAGGUCCUGUUCAAACUAGGUUAUUAGAAGGUGCUAUUCAGGGAUCCCCAGGUAGAGAAGAAGGAGAGGUUCCAGAGACAGAUAUUGAUCCAGAUACUCGUAGGCGAUUACUCAUAUUACAGCACGGUAUGGACGCAAGCAAGCCACCUGCACCUCCUGCACCAUUACCAACGCAAAUUAUUCCCGCUUUACCUCCUGGAGGAGGGUGGCUUGGUAUUGAAGAAGAGAUGAGCCCUCGUCGACCAAGUCGAAUAUCUCCGGAGUUGGUUGUGGAGCCAGAGUCUCCUUCUUUUGAUCGUUCUGGACCGCCUGGAUUUGAAAAUCCUUACAUUCGUGAACAGCAGCUGAUAAGAGAAGCAGCAAGAAGACAACGUGAUCAGGAAGAGGGUUUUUUUGGAGAGGCCAGAUCGCAACAUGACGAUUCUGCCUUUUCAGAUGAAGAUGGUGCAGCAAAUAUUUCCACACGAGUAAUCUUAAGGGAACCAUUUAAAACACCUCGAGCGGGGCCAUUUCCUGCUGUUAAUGCUAUCAGCGCGUUACAUGAGAUAGGGCAAAAAGUUAAACGAACUGUACAAUAUCGCACAGAUAUAAGGAGUUCAACCCAUUCUGGAGUUGCUGUUGAGGUUAUGUUUGGUGGUGAAAAAGUGGGAGAAGGCGUAGGGAGGACCAGGAAAGAAGCCAAGUAUAAUGCUGCAGAGUCAGCAUUACUGUAUUUAGCAACCAAGGCCACUGGGGGAUCAGUUUCAGCACCUUCUACCACUGUGUUGCCAGAACCAGUUAAAGAGGUUCGAGUGACACGUGGUCCUAGGGAUCCUCGUUUGUCGGCUGGUCUCGCACCUUUGCCUAGGGAUGAUGAUAGUCCAGUUGCAAGCACUUCGGGACAUGUUUCCAUGGGCGGCUAUCACUCAAAUGAGGAACCGUUGCCAUAUAAUCAUGUUGGAGCUCUUAAGGAAUUGUGUACUAGAGAGGCAAUUAAUAUUCAAUUCAAAGCACUUCCAUCAACUGGAGUUGGGCAGCGACAAAUAUUUCGUUGUCAGGUCGAGGUUGGUGGACGAACGUUGGGUAGAGGUAGUGGACCUUCUUGGGAUGACGCCAAGCAACAAGCUGCAAAAGAAGCUUAUAUUCAGGUGGAAAUGUCUCUACGGCCGCAUAAGCGAGGGAAUGGGCCACCAAGGUCACCAGGGAGUAGUAAGCGACUGCGAACGGAAUCAUUUAAAGACCGUGGUGUUGCAUCCAGUCUACCUCCUGUGCGUGGGGUUAGGUCAAGACAUGCAAGGAACCUUUCACCGGUGCUAUGAACUGGAAUAGUCCGAUGGAUUGACAAGCUACGUGUACCAAACCCUGGAUCAACAUAUGGAAGAAAAGUCGACUGGAGCAUGUGGUGCAUGACUGGCACAUCUUGUGUGAUUACGUUCAGCUACUAACGUAGAGUAAUUCUUCUUGCUCUUCACACUGAUUUGGGCUAGUUCUUCCACGUCUGGUCCUGAAACCACUGGUGCCGAAUUCUGGCCUAGGAAGUAGGUUUACCAAUUUUUGGGUCAUAUGCUGGUUGCUCUCAUGCCGUUCUGGCUUGCACUGUAGUGUAUAUUGUAUUAGCAUUUGGCGGAUGCUCAAAACACAAGUACUUGGUGCUGGAUCCUGUCCUCGAAGAACGCUUAUUUUACUCUCCCGGUGUUGUCUUCUGGUGAAAGAAGAAAACUGCGUUGUUUAAGGUGAUCAAAGAGAGGUGUUCGAGCAAGAGCAUGCCCAUAUUCUACCCAGGGUCCAUGUCUUGACCUGAAAGCGGUUGUGGCCAGACAAUAUUCUUCUCCCUUUUGGUCUGAAGUUGACGUCAACCCUGAAGUUCGGGACAAAUCCGCACCUUUAGAGAUCUAGUCCACCACUUGUGGCAUAAUUUUUGCGGACUUGUUGGGUACACCACUAGAGGACGUUUAUUUUGAGAUGAGUUUUGGCAUUGUUGCAAUGCUCAUCUUCUUAAUGACCAUGUGAACAUUUCCAACAAUUCUGUUUUGUAAACAUGUGUCGAAUUUUGUCUUGAACUUUA